AUGCCCCACUCGUUACGCAAGGACCACAUGCCCGUUUGGCAGCAACAGACCGAAGAACUUUUGCAGUUUUGUGCGAAUCGCAGGUAUCACGACACCAUUUGUUUGUGCUGUGACCUUAAUUAUGACAUCCUGGAUAUCGUUAACGUCGAUGAGCGAGGCGUACCUCUGGGACAGCUCCUGAGGACACUGAACCUCGAACACACACGGCCUUUAGAGCCGACAUGGAGAAACACCACAGGGUCCGCUUCUAGGAUCGAUUUCAUCCUCUUUGCCAUGCCAUCGCUUGAAAGUCGAGAUGACCGAGUGGUGUCGCGUUCGGAUGAGGUCGUGGGCUCGGAUCACUGCGCAGUCAGCAUUGCUUUACGGUCGUGCCUCCCCAGCAGAGGACGCGCCUCUUUUAAGCCCUCCAAAUGUGGAAAGUGGUGGACUGACGGCCCGGCCCUUCAAACCAAAGCCGAACAGCUUGCUGAGAAGCUGGACCUGAGCAUGAAUGACCUGUCUAUGCAGGACCUCGAGAGCCUUUGUGAAGCGACCUCCAAGCGAGUAACAAGCUGUAGAUACGUAGACUCGCCUGCCAUCAAAGCCAUGAUCAAGGCCCGCAAGCAGCUUCGCGGUAAGGAAGCCCAGCAAAUGGCCAAGAGCAUUGCUGACGCGAGGAAGACAGACAAGCGAGAGUGGCUAGUCCGUCUACUUGAGCAGAGUGCCGCGGGAGACUUCCGGGCGGCUGCAUACUUUCGCAAGAGACAGUCUACCAUGUUUGUGCAAGGAUCAUACUGUAUGAGAGCGGGAGGGAAAGCCAAGGCCAUCAGCGACCUACGAUUCUUCUAUCAGAGAAAGUACACCCCCCUUGAACCACCGCAACCGGGACUGCCCAUGGCUAUCUUUCAUUGCAGAGCUGGACCCAUCAUGAACCCUGAACCGUUCACCCUGCAGGAGAUACAGGAAGUGGCCUUUCAGUGCAAGCACAACAAAAGCACGGGGGCCGACGGCAUCUCAUACGAAGCCCUUCAGAUGUUACUCCAAUCUGACCUGAGUCAUCACAUCAUGGACAUGUUCAACAGUGUGUUACAGGGAGAUCUGAGGCCUAUCGUCCUGUCGAGUACUGCUGCCAAGGUAUUCACCAAGGCACUGAUGCUUCGCCUGAGGCCCAAGCUGCCGGGGCUCGCCGAGGAGUACGGGAAACCGUUGAUCAUCAUCAAGCUAGAUGUGGCGGCAGCGUUCGAUUCGCUGUCGCACGAAGCAGUGGCUGCACUGCUGGCAACUGCACAGGGCUCCCGGGAAGCUGAGUUGCUGCUUCAGAUCGUGCUAGAGAGUCGGGUGGAACUUGGUCUUCAGGGCACAACGUGGGAGCAACAAUUACGCCAAGGCAUAUUGCAGGGCAGUAGUUAUAGCGCGGAACUGUUCGCGCGCUGCAUUGACUACUUCCUUACCCCGACAAAUGCCAAGUGGCAGGACCUUGAGGAAUCCUGGCUGAAGGACCCUAGCGGGCGCAAACUCUUUCUCACUCCCUUUGCUGAUGACCUGGUUUUGUUGGCAACUUCGAGGGCACAAGCACAACGGCUUCUUAGCGACAGUGAAGCCACACUUCAAGCCAUUGGCCUGAGGUUCAAUGCCAAGAAGUGUAAAUACCUGCAAACGCCUGGAUUUCCGGAGGAACCCCUCACCCUCUCGGCAGGUGAGGUGAAGUAUGAGUCGACGUUCCUUUUUCUAGGUAUCCUCAUGGGCUUUCAGCUGACCUGUCUCAUGAUCUUGCAGGCACGUAUGGCCAAGGUCUCGAGCGCCUUUUGGGCGUACUACAGCAUACUGAGGCGUACAGAGGUCGGCUUGACGAGAAGGCUCAGAGUGUUCGACUGUUUCAUCACAGCUCGUUGGAGGUGGAUUAGCCCGGCCAUUCGGCCCAUCAGCACUGUUCACAGGUUUCUGCGCACUAUCCACACUUCCUUCCUCACAGCCAUGCUUCGUUUUGCCCGGGAUCCGUUCCAGGGGGCGGUGGAGUCGUGGGUGGCGCGACGCAGGGCUGCUCGACUAGCUGCACAGCAAGUCAAUCAUCGCGCGUGGCCGGGCGAGCACUCCCGCCAAUUUUUCGGCUUUUGGGGCCAUGCCGCCCGCUAUGCCGUGAGUGACUACAUACCCAUAGCAUUGAUGUUGCAGGUGCGAGGUCCUACCUGGUAUUUCGCAAAUCGAGCAGCGGAUCGAGAUCUUUGGAAAGCCUUCUCCCAGGACUGGGCCUGCACCCACGAUGCGGACCGCUUUACCCUGCUCCCCACUAGGACCAUGGACAACAGGAACAUAUCCUUCGCCUGUAUACGGAUGGCAGUGCCCAACAGGGCCGCAGAGGCCAUCCCCAGGUCCAAGUAUCCCCAGCCUCCCUACUCGUGCCCCCUCCGUGUUGAGAUGGAGCCAGUGACGGAACAGGUCCAAGACUUCUUGGAGCGCGCUCAAGCACUUGUGACGUCGCAGCAGCUGAUCUUGACGCUUGGGGUAGCUACCUUCUCAGUCUUGCUCUUCUACUUCUUCCUACGCCGCAGCCUGAGCCAUGCGCUCUGCAACGACCUGCAGCAGAUGAUAGGGAAGGGGCCCCACCCGAUUGGGGACUCGACAGCAGGACUAACGGCCAUGCAACAAUGCUUGCAGGCCCUGGAUGACACGGUCCCGGGCCUCUUGACCUCCAUCCAGGAAUCCAUGACUACUCUUUCAGGAGCAGUCACACACCACGGAUCCCUACUGGUGCAACUGCAGCAAGAUGUGACCGCGUUGACGAGUACAACAACCAGCCACGAUUCCCUGCUGCAGCAACUGGACCAAGGGGUGAAAGACAUGGGCAGCGUCUCGGGCACAGAGAUCUCCGCGCUCCUCAAGGAACUUGGCUCACUCAUGGGGUCUCUCCAGCAGCUGACCCCAGCUGCGUCGGCUCAGUUCUUGAAGGACGUCAAGGGGGCCCUGGAAACGAGAAUGACGACACUUCAGGACACGCUCAUGGAACUGAGCAUAUCCGCCACAACCCUGAAGACCCGCAAGGUGACGGUGGACAUCACACCCUUCAAGGAGCAGUUUGAUGGCAUCAAGGACCAGCUGGCCAACUUGCUUGCCAAGGUCGACCAGGCUCUUGGGUAUAUGCGAGACGACCAUGCCCUGAUCGUCCGCCUCAAGGACAAGCUCGAGGAAACCAAGAGCGACGGCGAGAAACACAAGGCAGCCCUCCAAGGAGACAUCCGGAACAUCGUCGCCCUAGUGCGCGGCCUGGAGAAGACGUGUGCACAGGCCUCGGACUUCAGCGAGAAAGCUCUGAAUGUCAUAGCCAAAGGCAACCCUAGCCCGUGGGAGACAGAGCUCAAGAACGUGGUCGACGAGACGGAGAAGCUCCUCAGGUGGGUCGCAGGCCAGGAAGAAGCCCUGGCAGAUCGGGCUCAGAAGAUCGAAAGUAUGUGCACAGGGUUGGUGGACCAGCUCACCGACGUCUCCACCGCCCUGGAGAACCACAGCUCGGUGAUGGGACAACGACUUCGCCUACUCAACGAAGUCCAGGGCGGAGUGGAAAAGGUUCUGCACGCCCUUCCACCUCGACAGACUCAGGCAGCGAGUGGACCGAACCAGCCACCACCUAUGCAACCGGCCCCGCAUUUGGGCCCACAUGGCUGGGUACAGAGAGGGACACCACCAGCCCCCGCCCACACGCCGACAGUCUACACGGAGUGGGACAGACCUUCAUCCAGCGCGAGACCGGCGCCAGUGAUCGUCACCAGCAUGGACACUCUGGCAACGGCCUUGCAGCAGCACUCACAACAUAUGUAG